AGCAUCAACGGAACCGGAAAAGGCAUUAACUGUACAGCUGCAAAAUGGCGACCGUCAAUGUGAACCGCAGCGUAACGGACAUCUUCUAUCGCUACAAGAUGCCGCGUCUACAGGCCAAGGUCGAGGGCAAGGGCAACGGCAUCAAAACGGUCCUGGUCAACAUGGCCGAAGUGGCGCGCGCCAUCGGCCGCCCGGCCACCUAUCCGACCAAGUACUUUGGCUGUGAACUGGGCGCCCAAACGCAGUUCGAUCAUAAGAACGAACGUUUCAUUGUGAAUGGGUCGCAUGAUGUUAACAAGCUGCAGGAUCUGCUCGAUGGCUUCAUACGCAAAUUUGUGCUGUGUCCCGAAUGCGAUAAUCCGGAGACCAAUUUGACCGUCUCGGCCAAGAACCAGACCAUCUCGCAAUCGUGCAAGGCCUGUGGCUUUCAUGGUCUGCUCAAGGUCAACCAUAAAGUCAACACGUACAUUGUGAAGAAUCCACCAUCAUUGAAUCCGGCCGCACAGGGCUCCUCCCUGACCGAGGGCAAGCGUUCCAAGCGUGUCCAGAAGCAGAAGAACGAGAAUUCUGAUGGUUCCAUGUCCAACAACUCAAUGGCCAACAAUUCCGGCGGCGAAUCAGAUGGCGGCAAUGGCACCAAUCAUGCCAGCCAGACCGAGGCCGAGAUCAGCGCCGCCAUACCGGAGAAGAGCAUUACCGAGGACGAUGACGAUGGCGGCUGGAGCGUUGAUGUUUCCAAGGAAGCGAUCCGUGCACGUUUGCAGGACCUGACCGAUGGCGCAAAGGGUAUGACCAUUUCGGAUGACUACGACAAGACAGAAAAGGAACGUAUCGACAUCUUCUAUGAGCUGGUGAAGAACAAGCGCGACAAUAAGCAGCUGGAUGAUGUGCCCACGCACAAGGAGCUGCUGAUUGAGGCCGAGCGAUUGGAUAUUGUGAACAAGGCGCCGCUGGUGCUGGCCGAACUGCUCUUCACGGAGAACAUCAUACACGAUGUGCGCAAGAAUCGCAUUCUACUGCUGCGCUUCACCCAUAACAAUCCGAAGGGUCAGCGCUAUCUGAUUGGCGGCAUCGAGCAGACCGUGGAGCUGCAUGCUAACACGCUGAUGAGCAAGGUGGCCGGCAUCUUUAAGAUCUUUUAUGACUUGGACAUACUCGACGAGAAGGUGAUACUGGAAUGGGCCCAAAAGGUGAGCAAGCGUCAUGUUUCGAAGAAGAUUGCGACCGAAAUACACGAGAGAGUGGAACCGUUUGUCCAAUGGCUCAAGGAUGCCGAGGAGGAGGACUCCUCGUCUGACGAGGACAAUAAUGCUGGCGGUGAUUCGGAUGUGGAAAUCGAAUAUGAUGAUCGUGCUCGGGUCGAACCCCUUAAGGUAGCCGCUGUCAGUGCCGCCGUUGCCGCUGUCAACAAGAAGAACGCCAUGGACGAAGAGGAUGGCGACGAGAUAGAUAUCGAUGAGAUCUAAGCAGCAGCAGCAGCAUCAGUUUGUGGAUUAGGGGUUAGCCAAAAUUGUAAAAGCGCAUGGUUCGGAAUGGCAGGACAAGCAAAUCAAAUCAGUGACGAGUGGCGAGUACCGAGUAGCAAGUAGCUAGUGACAUUUAGCGAGUUGCAAGUAGCGAGUGGCAAGUGGCGAGUGACGAAUUGCGAGUAACGCGUAGUGAGUGACAUGUAGCGAGGGACGAGUAGCGACUAACGACAAGUGGGUGACAAGUAGCGAGUAACGAGUAGCAAGUAGCUAGUAACGAGUUGCAAGCGACGUGUGACGAGUAGCCAGUGACGAGCAACGAGUAACGAGUUGACACGAUGCAACAACAAGAACAACAACAACUGUCCAGCCCAGCGAAACAACUUUUGGGGGCCCGCUUAACUUUGAUGAUGAAUCGCCUAAUCUCACGACUUCACUACAUUUCGAUUGUAAUCACAUUUGCAUUAUCCUAUAUACCCAUUUGUAACAAUAAACACAAAAUUUAAAUUUAAAUUAAAUGCACAUACUCGAUAUAGUAAAUAAUAUGGCGCUGAUUAACAUUUUCCCCAAAAAAAAAAAAA